AUGGGAGGUUCAGGACGUGGCCUCCUGUCCCUGGUUGGCUUUACUGGAGCAGGGCUCCUGGUCUACCUGGCGUGCCUCUGCGACCUGGCAACUUCCCAGCAGGUUCCCCUCCGUCUGUCCGGUGGUCCUCAUCUCUGCGCUGGCAGGGUCGAGGUCUUCUAUGAGAACCAGUGGGGAACGGUCUGUGACGACAGCUGGGACCUGCGCGAUGCUGAGGUGGUGUGCCGGCAGCUGGGCUGUGGGGCAGCGGUUGAAGCCCCAGGCUUGGCUCACUUUGGCCAGGGACGUGAUUCCAUCUGGCUGGAUGAGGUGAACUGCACGGGGACCGAGUCGGCGCUCUCCGAGUGUUGGGCAUGGCCAAGAGGCAUCCACAACUGCAACCAUGGCGAAGACGCUGGUGUGGUGUGCUCAGGUACCUGCUCUUCCUCUCCUCCUGUGGUCCGGCUGGGGAACGGCUCAAAUUGCUGCUCCGGGAGGGUGGAGGGGCUGCACAACCAGCCGACAGUGUGUGACCAUGGCUGGGACAUGCGUGAUGCCGAGGUGGUGUGCCGGCAGCUGGGCUGUGGGGCAGCGGUGGCAGCCCCGGGCUCAGCUCGCUUUGGCCGGGGAUGUGAUUCCAUCUGGCUGGACGAGGUGAACUGCACAGGGACCGAAUCGGCGCUCUCUGACUGCAGGGCUAGACCGUGGGGAGUGAGUGACUGCAACCACGGCGACGAUGCCGGUGUGGUGUGCUCAGGUAGCUGCUAGCCUUCUGAGAUCCGGCUGGUGAACGGCUCAAAUCGCUGCUCCGGCAGGGUCGAGAUGCUGCACAACCAGCAGUGGGGGACGGUGUGUGACGACGGCUGGGACAUGCGCGAUGCCGAGGUGGUGUGCCGGCAGCUGGGCUGUGGGGUGGCGAUUGCUGCCCUGGGCUCGGCACGGUUUGGCCAGGGACGCGAUUCCAUCUGGCUGGAUGAUGUGAACUGCACGGGGACCGAAUCGGUGCUCUCUGACUGCAGGGCCAGACAAUGGGGAUUGAGUGACUGCAACCACGGUGAAGACGCUGGUGUGGAGUGCUCAGAUUCAGGGAGUUCACCACUGUCUUGGCAACCUGUUCCAAUUCGUGAUAACGUUUUCAGCAAAGAAAUUCUUCCUAAUAUCCAAUCGAAACGUCCCUUUGGUCAGCGGGGCUGUGGGGUGGCCAUUGCAGCCCUGGGCUCAGCUCGCUUUGGCCAGGGACAUGAUUCCAUCUGGCUGGAGGAUGUGAGCUGCACAGGGAGAGAGUUGGCACUGUCCGACUGCAGUGCUAGACCGUGGGGAGUGAGUGACUGCAACCAUCGCCAAGACGCUGGUGUGGUGUGCUCAGGUAGCUGCUCUUCCUCUGCCAAUAAGAUCCCAGAGCCUCCUGUGGUCCGGCUGGUGAAUGGCUCAAAUCGUUGCUCCGGGAGGGUGGAGGUGCUGCACGACCAGCAGUGGGGGACAGUGUGUGACGAUGGCUGGGACAUGCGUGAUGCCGAGGUGGUGUGCCGGCAGCUGGGCUGGGGGGCGGCAGUCGCAGCCCCGGGCUCGGCUCACUUUGGCCGAGGACAUGAUUCCAUCUGGCUGGAUGACAUGAACUGCACAGGGACAGAGUUGGUGCUCUCUGACUGCAGGGCUAGACCCUGGGGAGUGAGUGACUGCAACCACGAAGAAGACGCUGGUGUGGUGUGCUCAGGUAGCUGCUAGCCUCCUGAUGUCCGGUUGGUGAAUGGUUCUAGCCGCUGCUCUGGGAGGGUGGAGGUGCUGCACAGCCACCGGUGGGGGACGGUGGGCGACGACGGCUGGGACAUGCGUGAUGCUGAGGUGGUGUGCCGGCAGCUGGGCUGUGGGGUGGCAGUCGCAGCCCUGAGGUCAGCGCGCUUUGGCCGGGGAAGUGAUUCCAUCUGGCUGAACAACGUGAACUGCACGGGGAUUGAGUCAGCUCUCUCUGAGUGCAGGGCCAGACCGUGGGGAUUGAGUGUCUGCAACCAUGGCCAAGACGCUGGUGUGGUGUGCUCAG